AUGGAUUUUAUGGCAACCCCGGUUAUUCGUCUGUAUGUGGAUGACAGCUGGAACCCCCAUGUGCGUCGGAUGGGAUGUGGGGCGGUGUUGAGGGAUGACUCCAAUAAUUGGAAAUCAGCAACUUCUGUGAGCUUCGACCAUGGCACGGCGUUCCUUGCGGAAAUCACGGAUGUGGAGCUUGGUAUGCAACACUCGCAUGAUCUUGGCUACAAGAAUAUUGUGUGUGCCUCGGAUUGCAAUAGACUGGUCACGUUUUUGAGUUCUGGUAGUGAUACCAACACGUUUUGGGACCGAGAGAGCAUCAGGAGGGUUCUGGCUUUGAUGACCACGUUUCAGAGCUGUUAUGUGGUUCAUAUAGCGCGGGAAAGGAACAAUACGGCGGAUACACUUGCCCGGGAAGCAGCGCGACUUGGCUCACCAGUUCAAACAUGGAGCACACCACCAUCCUUUGUUGCUGCUGCUAUGUUCUUGGAUGACUCUACUUAG